CGCUUCAUAUGAGCACACCAAAGAACACUUUGUAGCUGGUGAAAGGACAGGAAAUAGUUGAGGUGAAGUUAAAAGUUGUAAACCUAAAAACCGCUGGAGGUUGGAAAUGAACCAAGGUUUCUAACACUUAACAUUCUAAUAAUUUAAAAUUUAUUCUAGUGGAGAAAUAAGCUUUUUUUUGUUUUUUAUCGUGAAAAUGAAAUUUAAAAAAAAGAAAGAAAAAUCUAAGUAGCAUAAGUAUUGAAGGGGUCAGGUAACGCCAUUGCGUUGGAUUUAGACGAAAUUUCAAAAGCGUCACUAUAUGACGCUGUAGGAUGAGAAUGCGUUGGAACAUUAUUUACUUUCAUACUAAGAACAUGGUCACUUUUUGUCAAGAAACCUUUUAAUUCAUACACACAGUGUUAAUUUACAAAAUAAGAGUUCAUCAUUUUAAGAUGAGCUCAGAAUCAAAAUUCUGAUUGUUAAUUUCCAUUCUGAUUAUAAACUCUUAUUUUUAGUGUGUUGAAAGUUUUACGCUUUUUUCAUUACUAUGUUUCAUUCAAUUUAAUAGACAGGCGACUGAAAUCUAUAUGUGCUCACAACUUUCAUACAGUAUAUGAUUUUAAGAUUAUCAUAAUAUGCUAUUUUUAUUAUGAGUACAGAAUUCAUUAGUGUUUAAAAUCUACAGAUUGUCCAUUCGGACAGAAAUAAAAAAAAGAAAGCUGUCACAGGUAGGGUACUAAGAUACUAAUAUGCACUUUUUAGGCACAAAGGUGUAUCUCUUGAAAGGCUACAGCCCCAGUGACAGGUUUUGUACCUUUUUUCUAAGAGUGUUUAACAUACUUUGUCUUGUCAGUUUCUUUUCAUUUUUCGCUCAUCAGCUUUAGGAUUAACAGGACAUGUUUGGACCCGCAGGUCUAGAGUCAAUCAUUAAACACAUCAUCUCUGGGCCAACACAUACUAUCCUACAAUCCCUGGACAGCAAUGGCAAGUGUCAGAAGGGAUGGGACUCUGUUUGUCCUCAUUCCUGAGAGGAAUCAGGUGCUUUCUGUCUCCUGAGUUACCGGAUCUCCAUGGAUGUCACAACCAACCCGCUGCCUGAACUGAGUGGCACGGCUCUACCCAGAUCUGUCUCAAUCUGAUCUGGAAUCAGUCAGCUGGAUAUCACUCCCAGUGUUUCUAAGAGUACAAGGAGAAAGUCACAGAUGAAGACAGGAUAAAUACAGUUGUGCUGUCAAAACGCCUUUAGAAUGAUGGAACAAGUGGCGGAAAAUAAACUGAUCCAGGAUGAAUGCGAUCUAAAAUGCAAGCAAUACCUCAUCAGUUUGUUUGAUGAACCGACUGCAGAGUAUUUCCUCAGCCCUUCCUAUUGUUUAAAGGAAAUACCUCCUUGGUUUUCCCAGCUAAAAGAUGACAUGCAAGAUGACAUGAGUGCAGUUGCCCUGUGGGAUGCUCUGAGACAACGCACUACACAGAUACUGCAAGAAUCAAACACUGAGCCCUCAAUGGUGGUCACUAAUGAGAUUGCAAGAAGGGUGACAGACUGGAAGACACUGAUAAAAAAGGACCAUCUGAUGCGUCUAGCAGGGGUGAAAUACAUGUUCCACUGUGCUCAGCAUAACCAAGCCUUUUCUGCCCUCCUUCUACAACACAACCCUCUUUUUGACUAUGAGAUAAAUAAUGGACUGAAGUGAUUUUUUCCCAUAAUGCCAAAUCCACCAAAUAAGCACAUGAAGUGAAACAAAUGGUAUGGAAAGUUGGGAUAUGACUCAGUUGAGCAAUGACAUACAGUAGACAAACUGUAUAACUAAAUUACAGCCUUGUACCAGAACUUAUUCAAUCUCUAUUGUCCCAAUAGAGACUUGCACAGGCUUGAUACAUGAGUCAGGUAAUGUAGGCUUUGUACUUGCCCAUCACUACCAUAGGAGGGCAGCAGAUUGUAAAUUUGUCUUUUAGUCUCAGUACUGAAACAAUUCUUAUUCUCUAUACAGUGGGUUUCAACUGGUUUUGCUUCAGGACCUAGAUUUUAAUAAGG